GGCACCAGACUCGGCGUAGCACUGACAGGCAUCGCUGUCCGUGACCGGCGCACGAACGAAGGAGGAGCAGAUGCAGGGAAAGUCUUCGUUGUGGCAUUUGAAGGCGACAAUGAUCUUUCGAAACCCCAGAAUUGGAGCUACACUAGACGGAUCUGCGCAACAGCCAUGAUUGCCCUGAUCGGCUUCGUCGUUGGCGUAGCGUCCUCUAUCGACUCCCCAGCUACCUCUAGAGCAGCGCAAGAGUUUGGCGUCAGCGAUGUUGUGGAGAUCCUCGCGACUGGCCUCUACCUGAUAGGCUUCGGCGUCGGCGCACUCUUUGCAGGCCCCUUCAGCGAAACACUAGGCCGAAACCCCGUCUACAUCAUUACACUGACUACGUACAUGAUCUUCAUCAUGGCCUCCGGACUCGCGAAGAACAUUCAACAACAGCUAGUUUUCCGCUUCCUCGCCGGCUUCUUCGGCUCCACGCCUUUGACGUGUGCAGGAGGAUCUAUUAGUGACCUCUGGACGCCGAUGGAGCGCGUCUUCGCAUUUCCAAUGUUCGCUAAUGCUGCCUUCCUUGGUCCGGUCAUGGGGCCUGUGAUGGGAGGCUUCAUCGCGCAAAGCACGUCCGUCUCCUGGCGCUGGGUAGAAUGGACGACCCUUAUCAUGUCCGGUCUGGUACUUAUCCUCGUCGUCAUCUUCCAGCCGGAAACCUACGCUCCUGUGCUCCUCGCAUGGAAAGCCCAGCAUCUUCGCAAAGUCACAGGCGACCAGCGCUUCGUCGCUGAGAUGGAGAUUCGCGGCGAGCCUUUCCUUCAUCGUCUCGGCACCGCCUUGUACCGCCCCUUUCUGCUGACCUUGGAGCCCAUCGUCCUGUUAGUCACACUGUAUCUCACAGUCAUAUACAUAGUCCUCUUCAGCUUCCUCGACGGCUACGACUACAUCUUCGGCUCUACCCACGGCACCUCUCAAGGCAUAACCGGUCUCUGCUUUCUUAAUAUCGCCAUUGGGCUAUUCGGUGCAUCCCUCUGGGUCCCCCUUAUCUACAAGUGGGCAAAGCGCGAUGUGGUAGCCAUCCAAGAACGAGGCGGCUCCCGUCUUCCUCCAGAGUUUCGAUUGUGGUACGCCAUGUUCGGCGCACCAGCUAUCCCCAUCAGCCUGUUCUGGAUGGGCUGGACGAGCUACUCGCAUAUAUCUAUCUGGUCCCCGAUUCUCGCUGGCGUGCUGUUUGGCUAUGGUGUGCUGUGUGUGUUCAUCUCGAGUUACCAGUACAUCAUCGAUAGCUACGAGAUGUAUGCCGCGAGUGCGCUCACAAGCGUUACGUUGGUAAGAUAUGUUACAGCGGGUGGCAUGACGGUUGUGGGGAUCCCGUUCUACAAGAAUAUGGGUGUGCACUGGACAUUGACUAUCCUUGGGGGUAUCAGUGCGGUGCUCGUGCCUGUUCCAUACUUGUUCUAUAUCUACGGGAAGAAGAUUAGGGGGAAAAGCAAGUACGCC